AUGCCGCACUUAAGAGAUCAAGCGCUUGUUUCAAUCUCAUGCCAGCGGCAAAACCGAUUACCAAUCUCCCUAACGACAAAUCCUCGACCGGGACAGGACAUUUCCUACCUGCGGAAACUCACCGCCAACUCACUGUUUUCCUUCGUCUGGUCCUCCGUGUCGCGAGCUGGAGCUGCCAUAUUGAAUCUCAGGGCUAAGCCUGCGAAGGCGGAGGAGUUAAGAAUCAAAGAGAGAAAACACGUACUUUCCCUGAGACUUCGCGAUGCUACUACACUUCACGAUUGGUUGGAGAUUGCGGGGAAGCUUGAUGAACUAGAUGGUAACAAUGACUGGAAGGCGACUUUUGAAUGUGACGAAUAUGACCCGAUGCUUGUUCAACGGAGGCUAUCUCAGCUCGAGAAGGCCCAGCAUAGUUGUGACGCAGCGGCUAUGAUCCAUAUUAUCCGUACCUCCCUCAGUCGCGAUCUUGGAGGGAUGACAAAUAAGAAUAUAUAUAAGCAUUCACGGAUCGGGACGAAGAAUCUGAUAGAUCAGUAUAUCACGACUGCUGCUGAAACGCUAUCGACUUUAUUGGAUGUGUCGCGAAAGUAUGAUUUCGAUGGCUCCGAGUCGAGAUAUUUGUUGGAACAGCUCCUCGCGGCUCGUCAAGCCUUUGGUCGAAGUGCACUUCUACUUUCAGGGGGCGCCACCUUUGGCAUGAAUCAUAUCGGUGUUGCGAAAGCACUUUGGGAGACACGAUUGUUGCCACGCAUUAUCUCUGGUUCCUCGGCGGGUAGUAUUGUUGGUGCGGUUCUGUGCGUCUAUACAGAUGAGGAAAUGCCUGAGAUCCUUGCAAAUGUUGGAUAUGGCGAUUUUUCCGUGUUCAGUGACGAUGAUGAUAGGUUGCAAGUAUUUCAACGGUUGAUGAGGUUUAUUAAGCACGGCUCAUUUUAUGACAUCGCGCACUUGACCCGAGUGAUGAGGGACUUUUUGGGUGACGUGACAUUCCAGGAGGCUUACAAUAGGACAAGAAGGAUUUUAAACAUUGGGGUCUCUAAUGCUGGUAUUUACGAGUUGCCAAGAUUGCUAAACUAUAUCACAGCCCCGAAUGUUCUAAUUUGGUCUGCAGUGGCCACGUCUUGUUCCGUUCCGCUAAUAUUUUCGUCGUCAUCCUUGAUGGCGAAGGAUCCGAUCACUGGAGAUGUGACGGAGUGGCACGAUGCCCCUCAUCGAUGGAUCGACGGCUCAGUUGACCAUGAUUUGCCAAUGACACGUUUAUCAGAAAUGUUCAAUGUCAACCAUUUCAUAGUUUCUCAGGUUAACCCACACGUUGUCCCUUUCAUUCCACACGAAGAGACCUUCUUUUUCAGCGGUGUCGUGGAAAAGCAGCUGGAGUCCAGCUGGAUGCAAUAUCUGACCGGGGUAGCAAGAGAGGAGGCAUUGCAUCGAAUGCAUAUUCUUUCUGAAAUCGGGGUAUUUCCUAAUAUCCUAAGGAAGCUCAGAUCCAUUAUGAGUCAAAGAUAUCACGGGGACAUCAAUAUCCUUCCUCAGAUUCCCUAUGACGUUUUCCCAAAUAUCCUAAGAAAUCCUACUUCGGAAUUUAUGGUACAAGCUUGCCUCUCUGGUGAACGAGCGACUUGGCCCAAACUAGGAAGGAUAAGGAAUCAUUGUGCAGUUGAACUCGCCCUAGACUCUGCUGUCCAAACCAUGCGAGCUAGAGUUAUUUUCCGUGUCGACCGUGUCGAUCCUCUGGUACGCACAGUCAUUGCACGGACCCCAGAUCAGUCCGCGCUUCAUCAACGAAGAAUUCGCGCUCAAAGGAGCUGUUCAUUCGACGCAAAGGCUGGUGAAGUCUCACAGGCGAUUCGGCGUCCUGCUCAUAAACUCCGCAAAUCUCGAAGUUCAGCGUCGCAUGAGAAUUUUGGCUUCGAUAUCACCUAUUCACGAAUACCCACAAAAGGGUUAGGCAUCCGACCGCAGAAGCAGAAGUUGUCAAUGAUAUCCACGUCCCAGAAAACCAGCAAUAGCAGCCCUUUUACUCUUGGUUUAGAGCCAGAGGAGGACCAGUUGGACAUUGAACUUCCUCAGAAUUUUCGGCUCCCUGAACCUAUUUUGCCGAACGAAACACCUUAUUCGAACAUGUCAGAAUGGGCAAGUGCUAGUAGGACGCAAAGCCCCGCUCGGUCACGUCGUCCAUCCAACGCACAGGUCUCAGCCACAAUUCCAACCCCUUCGACGGUGGCGGCUACAGCAGUCCUGUCUGCAGCCGCAUUACCCACACUCAUCAUGAGCUCUGGAUCCGCGGCUGGUGCUACUUCCCCUUCAGAAUACGGGAUGUUCCUCGUCCGGAUUAGCGCAAGAGAUGGGGAAAGAGAAACUGCGGCUGCCAUUAGGUACUACUAA